AUGUGGGAGCACCACGAUUCAGAGGAGCAGGACCUUGAAUCUGUUGAUUACAACACCUCCACUCCCCCAAGCCAGGCCGGUUCUGAGUCGCCCGCACCUCAAAAAAAGAAGAGGAAAGCAUGGGGACAGCCCAUUCCAGAGUUCGAGAAGAUUAUCGGACCUCGAAAGCGAGCUAAGACGGAAGCUGAGAAGACUCAACGCGCCCAUGAGCGUACUCUCCGUAACAGGCGAGCGGCGGCUCAGUCUCGUGACAAAAAACAAGCACAGUUCGCUAUGAUGGAGGUCGAGAACCAAAAAUUGCGUGAACAGCUUGCUCAGUAUCAGGCUCGUUUCGGCAACUUGUCAGAUACUCCAGCUACAGUUUCAGACAUUGUUGAACCGCACACCUCUUCUACCAGCAUCAACGCCUAUCCAACACCGUCACCCGAUGCUACCUUCCACCACGAGUUGUCUGCCACCGACCUGGCUGCAUCAACACCCACCAUCUCAAUCUCAGGACCUGUUCUAUCACAAGACGAGUCCGGCCUUUCUCAAUACCAAGUAUCACCAACCCUGGCACCUACCCUUCAGUUAGAUCCGAACCCCAUACAAGAGGACCUCAUCUAUCAUCAACAAGUUCCCUCAGAGGCUCUAUCUGGUGAGCUCCCUGACGCGACACAAUACUCAGCAGCAGUAUUGUUGGACCCGCAGUGUCAAGCGUCAGUGGGGUCCACCAGCCUGAUCCAACGAUCGGAGCUGAGCCCUUCUUUCCAUCUCAACUUCCAACUCUUCAACCUGACGAUACUGAUGACGAUCUUCGAGAACUUCUCGAGUUCAAUGCUCACGCCGAUGUACCAGAUAUUUCGUACCUUAGCGGGGGACUUCUCGAUGCAUUCAGUCAAGCCGGAGGUGCUCGAUCAUCAUUUCCAGCUGAUUCACUGUUUGAUUAUGAGUCCUAUGAAAGGGACAGCUCGACCGGUUUUCCGGAUGAAACUCCUCAGCCGUCUUCUCGCUUGCAACCCGAUCACCGCGCGCCUUAUUACGGUAGCAGCGGACCGAGCGUUGCAGCGUCAAGUCACUGAGGGAUCAAGUCUGGAAGACCCAGAGAGCUGCCAGAAGUGGGCCUCGUUGUUAACACUCAGGUGGACGAUCAAGUGGCUGGACAAGGAGCAUGCACGGUAUCGUGAAGCUCGACGGAUCGGUAGCUCUUUGGCGGAUACAACAGGCUCGAACCCUCAGAACUCCGACAGACUGGGGGUAGGUUAUCAAGGCGUCGAUUAUCGAGCGGUGGAACGGAGUUCGUGGCGUUGGGAUAGCGUGCACUUGCCAGAGCUGCUUCGGACUUGCGAUGUGUUAAGUGCUGAACAAGCUGCUCAUUGA